UCAUUCAGCUCAACUGUGAACGAAGUUCACUUCUAAGUCAUGGCUUUACCCAUUACUGCAUUCCUUUUCAUAUCCUUUCUUCUCUCAGCCACUCAUGCUUUUGAAUCAUGCAAAACUUUGGAGUCGUCAUCUGAUGACUUAGAGCUCUCAGUCCUUCACAUGUACGGCAAAUGUUCACCAUUCUCACCACCCAAACACGAGUCAUGGCUUGAUACUGUCCUAAACAUGGCAGAGAAAGACCCAAACCGAGUCAAUUACUUGCUAGCUCAGAAAACAGUAACAGCAGCUCCCAUUGCAUCUGGACAAGUUCUGAACAUAGGGAACUACAUUGUUCGAGCUAAACUUGGCACACCUGGUCAACUCAUGUACAUGGUCAUGGAUACUAGCAAUGAUGCAGUUUGGGUACCCUGUUCAGGGUGCACAGGUUGCUCUUCCACAGUUUUCAACCCUUCUUUAUCCACCUCCUUUGGGUCACUGGACUGCAAGACAACCCAAUGCACCCAAGUUCGAGGUCUCUCAUGCCCAGCUGCUGAAUCCAGCCCCUGCCAAUUCAACCAAACCUAUGGUAGUGUUGAUUCAUCAUUCUCAGCUACUCUCUCUCAAGACUCUCUUAAUCUUGGAGGGGUCGGUGUUCUGUCGAAUUUAUCUUUUGGUUGCAUCAACUCUGUCUCAGGUCACUCCGUGCCCCCUCAGGGACUCUUGGGUCUAGGUCGGGGUUCCAUGUCGCUCAUCUCACAAUCACAGUCAGGGGUGUUCUCCUACUGUCUACCUAGUUUCAAAUCCUACUACUUCUCUGGUUCACUCAAACUCGGACCGUCAGGUCAACCAAAGAACAUUAGAACCACUCCUCUUCUUCGCAACCCUCGCAAACCAUCAUUAUACUAUGUCAAUCUCACUGGUAUUUCUGUUGGUAAGGUUUUGGUUCCUGUUGCCCCAGGUCUUCUAGAUUUCGAUACUACCACCGGUGCUGGAACUAUAAUUGACUCGGGUACAGUUAUUACUCGGUUUAAGGCACCUCUUUACACUGCACUUAGGGAUGAGUUCAGGAAACAAGUUGGAAAAGACAUAUCAUCUUUGGGUGCUUUUGAUACUUGUUUUUUGGCUACAAAUGAAGAUCAGUUUCCAGUUAUAACACUUCAUUUUACAGGCAUGGAUUUGAAGUUGCCAACUGAGAACACACUGAUUCAUAGUAGUUCUGGCUCAUUAGCUUGUUUAGCUAUGGCUGCAGCUUCAAGUAAUGCAUAUUCAGUGUUGAAUGUCAUAGCUAAUUUGCAACAGCAGAAUUUCAGGAUUCUUUUCGACCUUACUAAUUCUCGCUUAGGCAUUUCUCGUGAAAUCUGUAACUAGUCUCUGACCUCUCGCUCGAGAGUGUACUUCUGUGUUGAUGUAACUGGUUGCCUGUGUUUUCGCUUUUUAUUUUCAUUUUAGUGUGUUCUGAAGUAAGCAUUUCAGUGUGUUCUGAAGAUCAUUGCAUGAAGUUCUAAAGAAGUGAAUGAAAAAAGUGUACUAUUUCAAUUUGUAUGGUCUUUCCAUUGCAGUGUUCUUUCCAUGACAAAUAUAUGAAUGUUUUCCU